CUCCUCUGUAGCCAACCCACACUGUAACCAAUCCCCCCGUUUCAUAUCUGCCUUCGAAUUUUGUUUGAGUUCUGAUGAGUACGGCAAAGAACGCGGCAAACGCGGUUGGAGGCAAAACCGCAAGAGCAUGCGACAGCUGCAUAACCAAGCGGGCACGUUGGUACUGUGCUGCCGAUGAUGCUUUUCUCUGCCAAGCUUGUGACUCUUCGGUUCACUCCGCCAAUCCUUUGGCUCGCCGACACGAAAGAGUCCGCUUGAAAACGGCGUCGUACAGGUCCACCGACGAACAACAACAACAACAACAACCUCCCACGUGGCCCACUAAGAAAGCUCGAACGCCCAGACACGGGAAACACUCUCGUAGCAACAACCCCUUCCAUCUGGUCCCGGAAGUGGGUUCGGAAGAGGUGAAUUCCCAUGACGAGAACGAGGAGCAGCUUCUUUACAGGGUCCCCAUAUUCGAACCUUUUGUUGCCGAGCUAUGUGGGAAUAACAGCUCUUCUCCUUCUUCGGUGACUUCAACCGAUCAAGGAGUGGCAGCUGCUGUGGGCCGAGGCUCGAAAACAAAGGUUGUGAGAGCUAAUGUUUUAUAUCGACAGUAA